CAUAAUUACAAGGAACUCGUACUGGCGCGGGAGUUCAAUCAGCUGAAGGAAAGGUCUUUAUCCUCGAAGCUGGUUUAGUUAAAUACAUUCUUUACCAUUAAAUGAACUUUAUUAACGUACUCGCACAGAAAUGGCUCUUGCAAAAGACGUUGAUCUACCGCCGAGUCUGGUUUGUUUGAAAAAUAUGGACACUUUGCUCCGAUGCCCAAUUUGCUUUGACUUCUUGAGCAUUUCCAUGAUGUCGCAAUGUUCCCACAAUUAUUGUUCCCUCUGCAUACGGAAAUUUCUUUCCUACAAACUGCAAUGCCCUGUUUGUAAAUUACCAAUGACAGAACAUGAUCUGAGGAACAAUAGAAUUCUUGAUGACCUGGUGAAGAGCUUCCAAGAUGCAAGAAAGCAGUUGUCCCAGGUCCAAUUCGACUCGCCCCCCAUUUCGCCCAAGACUCCCUCCUCAGCUGUCAAGCGCAAAGCUCCAGCAACGCCGGCGCAGCAGAGGGGCCCCAAAAAGGACGGCUCUGUCCUCUCGCACUUUUUCCAGAAGCAGCCCUGCGCCGCGUCGAGCUCGGCCUCUGAGCCCGGAGGGGAGCACGAGGCGCCAGCUCCCCGUGGCAAACGGGCGCGCACCUCCGCUCUCCGCACCGCCGGGCUCACGGUGAAGCAGGAGCCUGUGGAGGAAGAGGUGCCUCGGGCCAGUCCGAGGGAGCAGGCCGCGCAACACGCCAGCACAUCCACCAAGUUCCAGGUGAAGGAGGAGAAGACGAACUGUGAGCUCAGCUCUCCGUCCACCUCCAUGGACCUCACGCCAGUGGUCAAAGUGGAGUGUCCGGUGUGUGAGGUUCCUGUCUCUCAGCAGCACAUUAACAAGCACCUGGACACCUGUCUCAGGAGCGAGGAGAAGAAGGAUUCCCUGCGAAGCUCUGGGCGACGGAAGCCCAUGGCCAAAGUGGUGUAUAAUUUGCUGUCUCUGGUGGAACUGAGGAGGAGACUGCGCGAGUGCCACCUGCCCACACAGGGCACUAAGGAGCAGCUGAUCAGGCGCCACCAGGAGUUUCUGCACAUCUACAACGCCGAGUGUGACGCCCAGGAGCCCCGCUCUGCUGAAGUCAUUGCAAAGGAGGUGGAGAUGAAUGAGAGGAUGAGGCUGCAGUUGGACAAGACAAAUAAAACGACUGGUUUGGUUUUCAGAAAGGAUCAAACUGAAGAGGAGAUUGAGGCAGUGCACUCCAACUACCGGAAGCAGCACAGCAGCGAGUUCUCCCGUCUGGUGGCUCAGGUCAAAGGGCGAAUGGAGACGUCCAAGAGGGCUCGGCAGAUCAAGCAGGAGAAGGAGGCAGCCAGUGAGGAAACGAGCCGUGAAGCAAACCUGACAGAAGCAGUGGAGCAAAGCCCUACUCAUCAAGGGACUGUGGCGGCCAGAGAGAAGCCAGCCCCAGACACAAAUCCCUCCCUGACAGAGAUCAGAUCAAGGUCACCUAGCCCAUCCCCAAGUGAGGUGUCCAUAAGCAGCUCAGUUUCAGAUGUAUUCAGCUGACAACAGGACAGGAUGGAUUGAGACCAGGAAAACCCUCAGGGUUCAACUCUGGAUCGUCUUCCCAGAUGAGAUGAAAGUGUGGAGAAGUUAAAGGAUCACGCAGAUAACAUAAGAACUCUUCACGUCCAGCUUUGUAUUUUAUAUUGUUUUUUUUUCUCUUCUCUUUCCAUUGUAAAUGUACAUUCUUAAGUGUUUUUUAAUAAACCUUUAAUUAUUUUCCAAGAA